GCUGGUUGCCAACCGCCAAAAACGCUUCAGAAGAAGAAGGAGAAGAAGAACCCACAGUAAACUUGCAGAGCUGCCGUUGGACUUCUUCAUUAGCUAUUAACAUUCCUAUAUAAGACAGCGAUAAAACCACGCGACUGUGUAGCAUUAGACUUAUAAACGUCUUAGUUUUGUUGUUGACCAUUAGGUAGUUGAUCAUGAACGUGGCUAAAAGUGGUUAUCGUGUUUUCUCGGCCAACUCUACGCCCGCGUGCACUGAACUCUCUAAGAAGAUUACUGAGCGUCUUGGAGUUGAGCUGGGGAAAUCUGUUGUUUACCAGGAGUCAAACAGAGAAACGAGAGUUGAGAUCAAAGAGUCUGUGAGAGGCCAAACGAUCUUCAUCAUCCAAACCAUUCCCAGAGAUGUUAACACUGCUAUUAUGGAGCUGCUGAUCAUGGCCUAUGCACUGAAGACCUCCUGUGCCAAGAACAUCAUCGGCGUGAUCCCGUACUUCCCCUACAGUAAACAGUGUAAGAUGAGGAAGAGAGGAUCUAUAGUGUGCAAACUGCUCGCUUCCAUGUUGGCUAAAGCAGGUCUGACUCAUAUAAUCACCAUGGAUCUGCACCAGAAAGAGAUCCAGGGCUUCUUUACUUUCCCUGUGGACAACCUGCGGGCUUCUCCAUUCCUGGUGCAGUACAUUCAGGAGGAGAUUCCUGAUUAUAGAAACGCUAUCAUUGUAGCCAAGUCCCCAUCUGCUGCAAAAAGGGCUCAGUCGUUUGCAGAGCGUCUGCGUCUUGGUCUGGCCGUCAUGCACGGAGAAGCACAGUGUUCGGAGUCCGACAUGGCAGAUGGGCGGCAUUCUCCUCCAUGUGUCCGCAACACCAUUGGGCACCCCGGCUUGGAGUUGCCAUGCAAACAGCAAGCUCCGUUCCCAGGCAUAGAGCUCCCAAUAAUGAUGGCCAAGGAGAAACCGCCCAUCACUGUUGUCGGAGAUGUUGGAGGCCGCAUCGCCAUCAUUGUCGAUGACAUCAUUGAUGAUGUGGAGGACUUUGUGGCAACAGCUGAGAUUCUGAAAGAGAGAGGAGCUUAUAAGAUCUACAUCAUGGCCACCCACGGCCUCUUGUCUGCAGACGCCCCGCGCCUCAUCGAGGAGUCCGCCAUAGACGAAGCAGUGAAACGCCACCCAGACAUGUUCAACCGAAAAUGA